CCCGUCGUCAUGGCGGCGGUACGGAAUCCUGUGCUGCUCGGCCUUCGAGACGCGGCAGUGUAUGGCAGCCCCAUGGCGCCGGGAGCCUGGACUGCUAGCAAGCUGGGCGGCGUUCCGGAUGCCCUGCCCGCAGUAGCAGCGCCAAGGCCGGUGUGCGAAAGCUGCGGGCAGCCGCUCGUCCUGGUCGUGCAGGUGUACUGCCCGCUGGAAGGCUCCCCGUUUCAUCGGCUGCUGCACGUGUUCUCUUGCGCCAGCCCCACGUGCGCCAGCGGUGGGGAGAGCAGGUGGAAGGCGUUCCGCUCCCAGUGUCUGCAAGUACAAGAGAAAGAGGCGCAGGACUUUCAGAAACAGGAAAAUGGCCUUGCAGCUGAGGACUGGUAUGAAGGUGCAGAUGACUGGGGAAGUGACAGUGAAGAGGCACCUCCACCACAGCUUACCUUGGAUUUUGGAAAUGAUUCCAGCAGUGCCAAAGAUGUAGAUUGGACUGCCCAGCUCCAAGACCUCUGCCUGCAGGAUGCUUCCAUGGAUGCUACUUGUCUUGCACCUCCUGGGGAAGGGAUGGCCUUGCCCACUGUGGUGCCACAGUUCCUGCCCUACUACAUCUGUGUGGUAGAGGAGGAUGAUUACAGGGACUUUUUCAGUCUAGAUCAUGCCCACAGCCUUCUGAGGGACUAUCAACAGAGAGAAGGAAUUGAUAUGGAACAGUUGCUUUCCCAAAGUCUUUCUAGUGAUGGUGAUGAAAAAUAUGAGAAGACCAUAACUAAAAGUGGAGAUCAGAUGUUUUACAAAUUCAUGAAGAGAAUUGCUGCUUGUCAGGAGCAGAUUUUGAGGUAUUCCUGGAAUGGAGAGCCACUCUUUUUGACCUGCCCUACAUCACAAGUCACUGAGCUCCCAGCUUGUAGCCACUGUGGAGGCCAAAGGACAUUUGAGUUUCAGCUUAUGCCAGCAUUGGUCAGCAUGCUCAGAAGUGCUAAUUUAGAUCUUUCUGUGGAAUUUGGAACAAUUGUAGUUUACACGUGUGAGCACAGUUGCUGGCCUCAAAAUCAUCAGACUCCCAUGGAAGAAUUUUGUAUUGUACAAGAAGAUCCAGAUGAAUUAUUAUUUAAGUAGAGCAUUUCCUUUUAUUUAUGUAAAUUAAAACAGAUUUUAAUGUCCAAA